AUGUCAUCAAGAGGCGUGGAAGUUGCAGGUCAAUGGAAAGUUCUUGACUAUCCAGGAUAUCCUGAAUGUGUUGAUUGCGAAAUUAGCAUAGGUUGUGAUGCUGAAAAUCCAAAUCAAUGUUAUGUUAGUGGACAGGGAGUUAAUACUAUAAUGUCUGAGAUUAAGUAUGAUUCUGAAAGUAACGAAUGGGAACGUGUUCAUGCUAUAUCAACAUGUCAGCAUCCAUCACUAAGACAGAUGGUUCUAGAAUGUGGAAUUUCUAGUUUAGUAUGCGAUAUUCGGAAUUUUAAAGUUGAAAAUGGACAAUAUUUGCUUAUUACAUUGAAGAAUAAUGUAACUGUUCGAUUACAACGCUUAUAA